AUGGCUCCAUACUUUUUCAUCGCUAUUGUCGGCAUCCUCAGCCAUGUCUUUUACUUUCGACAUGGCGAGCAUCAUCUCUACGGCCUCACCUAUCUCCUCCUCUUUGUCAUCUCCACCACCGUCGUCACCGUAUUCUUCCACUACAGCUAUGUCCUGGUCUAUCUUGCCAGCCUUUAUAUCAGCCUUCUGAUAUACCGUCUCCUCCUCCACCCGCUGCACUCCUUCCCCGGCCCUUUCCUCGCCCGUAUCUCAAGUUUCUGGUCCAUCUCCCCAAAGCACAAAACACAUAUCACCCUCCAGGCCUUACACAGAAGAUAUGGCCCGAUUGUGCGCACCGGCCCGUCAGACCUCUCCAUAAUCUAUCCGUCCGCCAUCCCCGCCAUCUACGGCCCGCAAUCCCAAUGCACAAAAGCCCCCUGGUACGACAUGGCCUAUCCGUCCCGGCCCCUGCAGAACUGCCGUAACGUCAAAGAGCACAACGCCCGGCGACGAACCUGGAGCCCCGCAUUCAGCGACAAGAUGAUCCGCGGGUACGAGCAGCGGGUCCGGAUCUACCAGCAGCAGCUCAUCGCGCAGCUAACCGCCUUGCAGUCCGUCGACGUGAGCAGGUGGUUCUACCUGUACAGCUUCGACGUCAUGGGCGACCUCUCCUUUGGCCGGGGGUUCGACUGCCUGCAGACCGGCCGGGAACACUGGGCCAUCACCCUGCUGACCUCCGCCAUGAACCAAGUCGGGCUUUUCCUGCCGCCGUGGCUGUUCCUCGUUUUACUCAAAAUCCCGGGGCUGACGAGGGACUGGUGGCGCUUCCUGGCCUUCUGCAGCGAGCGGCUCAACGCGCGCAUGCGCAUGAAGGUGCAGAUACCGGAUAUCAGCGCCUCGCUGCUGGCCCCGCUGGACGGGAGGGAGCCCACCCCGGCCGAGAAGCUGAUGCUCGACGGCGAUGCGCGGCUGAUCAUCGUCGCGGGCAGCGAUACCACCGCCGUAACGCUGUGCGCGAUCCUGUACGAGCUCGUGCGGCAUCCGGAGCAGAUCCGGCGACUGCGGGCGGAGGUCGAGCCGUUUGUUGAUGGGGCGGGGGAGGUGCUUGGGUCGGACGUUGCGCUUUUUGGGCAUCUGAACGGGGUGAUUAAUGAGGCGUUGAGGAUGUAUCCGCCUGUGCCGGGGGCGUUGUGGCGGAAGACGCCCGCGGAGGGCAUUCAGGUGGAGGGGGUGCAUAUCCCCGGCGAGACGACGGUGUUUUGCCCGCAAUAUGCGAUGGGGAGAUCUGAGCUAUGCUAUGUGCGGCCGGACGAGUUCAUCCCCGAGCGAUGGUACAAGGACCCGGACCUGAUCAAGGAUCGCUUGGCCUUUGCGCCGUUUACCACCGGUCCAUAUAACUGUAUCGGCCGACCACUGGCAUUGCUGAAUCUGCGCACUACACUCGUCAAACUGAUAACCACCUUUGAUGUGGGAUUUGCCCCCGGGGAGGACGGACGGGCAUUUGUGCAGCAGGCGCAGGACAACUUUGUGCUGCGAGACUUCUACCAGAUGGGCCUCACAACCGCCGCCAUCAUCGUCAUCGUCAUCGUCGCCUGUCUAGCCGCCGUCUCGCUGGGCGCCGCUCUCACCCGCCAACUCUACCCCGCCGAAGCCUACGAGCGCCGAUUCCAGCCCUCGCAUGACCAGGAGCGGUAUAUGCGGUCGGUGCGGAUGAAGAAUCUGGGGAUCUUUCAUAGGGAGAGUACUCCUGUGAGGAUGGGGAUGGGUGUGGGCAAGGACGUGGAAAGUCGGUCUCAUACACUUCCCUACGAGGUUGUGCUCAGGGAACUUGCCACUCAACUCGAUGAGGGUCUCACCCCCGACGAGGCUGCCCGUCGUCUCCAGACGUACGGUCCCAAUAAACUUGACGAAGGCGAGGGUGUCUCCGUGGUCAAGAUCCUUGUCCGGCAGGUGGCCAACGCAAUGAUGCUAGUCCUGAUCCUGGCCAUGGCGGUCAGCUUUGGCAUCCAGUCGUGGAUCGAAGGCGGCGUCAUCUGCGCCGUGAUCGUCCUCAACAUCGUCGUCGGCUUUUUCCAGGAGUAUGCCGCCGAGAAGACCAUGGAGUCCUUGCAUUCGCUCAGCUCGCCCACGGGGACGGUCUCCCGUGGGGGACAGACGUUUUCCGUCCCCAGUGCGGACAUUGUGCCUGGGGAUAUGGUCGAGUUGCGCACCGGGGAUACUGUCCCGGCGGAUAUUCGUCUGGUCGAAGCAGUCAACUUCGAGACAGAUGAAGCCCUUCUUACCGGUGAAUCCCUCCCCGUCCAGAAAGACUGCGACGCCACCUUCAAAGAAGACACCGGCCCCGGCGACCGGCUCAACCUCGCCUACAGCUCCAGCACCGUCACCCGCGGCCGUGCCCGCGGCGUCGUCAUUGCGACCGGCAUGGCCACGGAGAUUGGGUCUAUUGCUGCGGCCCUGCGCGCGGGAGACCGCCGCCGCCGACCCGUCAAGCGGGGCCCCAACGGCGAGACCAAGAAACGCUGGUAUGUGCAGGCCUGGACGCUGACCGGGACCGACGCGGUGGGCCGGUUCCUGGGUGUCAAUGUGGGGACGCCCUUGCAGCGGAAGCUGUCGAAGCUGGCGAUCCUGCUGUUUGGCAUCGCGGUGCUGUUUGCCAUUGUGGUGAUGGCGGCGAACAAAUUCUCCGACAGCAACGAGGUGAUUCUGUACGCGGUGGGCACGGGGCUGAGUAUGAUUCCGGCGUGUCUGGUCGUCGUGUUGACCAUCACCAUGGCCGUGGGAACCAAACGCAUGGUCGAGCGGAAUGUCAUCGUGCGCAAGCUCGACUCCCUCGAGGCCCUGGGCGCCGUCACGGACAUCUGUUCCGACAAGACGGGCACGCUGACGCAGGGCAAGAUGGUCGUCAAGAAGGCGUGGAUCCCGUCCGCCGGCACGUACUCGGUUGGCACCUCCAACGAGCCGUUCAACCCGACUGUUGGGGACGUCACGUUCACCCCCGUGCCCCCGGUGCGCUUUGACGAGGAGAAGGAGGGUGCGGCCAUCGACGACCUCGAAGCAUCUGCCACCGGUAACCCCCGGCUGGGAGAAUUCCUCAACGUCGCCGCCAUGGCCAACCUGUCGCACGUCUACCACUCCGAGGAAGGCGAGUGGCACGCGCGCGGCGAGCCCACGGAGAUCGCCAUCCAGGUCUUCGCCGCGCGGUUCAACUGGAACCGCGACCGGUGGACCAAGGGCGAUCGUCCCGUCUGGCACCAAAAGGCCGAGUUCCCCUUCGACUCGACCGUCAAGAAGAUGUCGGUCGUCUUCACCCGGUGGGAGGACCAGACCGAACGCAGCAUGGUCUUCACCAAGGGCGCGGUCGAGCGGAUCCUCGACGCCUGCACAACCGUCAUCUGGGACGCGGACUCGUCCACCCCGAUCCCCCUGACGGACGACCACCGCGCGGACAUCCUGCAGAACAUGGAGGAGCUGGCCAAGCUGGGGCUGCGCGUGCUGGCUCUGGCCCACAAACCCUACACCGAGGAGGGCCGGCUGCUCGAAGGGGCCGACCUGCAGCGCGACGAGAUCGAGCGCGACCUGUGCUUCCUCGGCCUGAUCGGCCUGUACGACCCCCCGCGCCCGGAAACCGCCGGCGCCAUCCGCGAGUGCUACCAGGCCGGCAUCGCCGUGCACAUGGUGACGGGCGACCACCCGGGCACGGCCAAGGCCAUCGCCCAGCAGGUGGGGAUCCUCCCCGCGGAUCUGGGCACGGUGGCCGCAGACGUGGCCGACGCCAUGGUCAUGACGGCGGGGCAGUUCGACAAGCUCACGGACCGCGAGAUCGACGCGCUCCCGACGCUGCCGCUCGUCAUCGCGCGCUGCGCCCCGCAGACCAAAGUGCGGAUGAUCGACGCGCUGCACCGGCGCGGCCAGUUCGCGGCGAUGACCGGCGACGGCGUCAACGACUCCCCCUCGCUCAAGCACGCGGACGUGGGCAUCGCGAUGGGCCAGGCGGGCUCGGACGUCGCCAAGGACGCCUCGGACAUCAUCCUGACGGACGACAACUUCGCCUCGAUCCUCAACGCCAUCGAGGAGGGCCGGCGCAUCUUCGACAACAUCCAGAAAUUCGUCCUGCACCUGCUCUCCGAGAACAUCGCGCAGGCGUGCACCCUGCUCAUCGGCCUCACCUUCAAGGACCGCGACGGCCAGUCCGUCUUCCCGCUCGCCCCCGUCGAGAUCCUCUGGAUCAUCAUGAUCACCUCGGGCAUGCCGGACAUGGGGCUGGGCAUGGAGGUCGCCGCGCCGGACAUCAUGGCCCGCCCGCCGCAGACCAAGCAGGGCAUCUUCACCUGGGAGGUCCUCGUCGACAUCCUCGUGUACGGCCUGUGGACGGCGGCGCUCUGCCUCGCGUCCUUCUCGGUCGUGGUCUGGGGCUUCGGCGACGGCGAUCUCGCCCGCGGCUGUAACCGCGACUACUCGGCCGCCUGCGACCUGGUGUUCCGCGCGCGCGCGACCACCUUCGUCUGCCUGACGUGGUUCGCGCUCUUCCUCGCCUGGGAGAUGGUCGACAUGCGCCGGUCGUUCUUCCGCAUGCAGCCGGGCUCGACCAGGUACCUGACGCAGUGGAUGUACGAUGUCUGGCGGAACCAGUUCCUCUUCUGGUCGAUUGUCGCCGGGUUCGUGACGACCUUCCCGAUCCUGUAUAUCCCCGUCCUGAACCACGUGGUGUUCAAGCAUACGGGCAUCUCGUGGGAAUGGGGGAUUGUCUUUGUCGAGGCGGUGCUGUUCUUCCUGGGCGUGGAGCUGUGGAAGUUCGCCAAGAGGGUGUACUUCCGUCGGGUGGGAGGGAAGGUCGACAGUGUACAGGCUUAA